AGCCGCUCAUCAAUACGCGACGCCCGGCAGCCAAUCAGAGCGCGGCUUCCGGUAGCCAAUCAGAAGGUGGCGCGCCCGGUUCAAAUUGUGGGCAGCGGGCAGCGGGCGAUACUUUUGGAAACGGAUAGGCUGGACGUCGAAGGAGCAUCCAGAGACAAGCGUAGAGGCUUCAACAACACCCUUUAUUUUUAUUUAUUUAUUUAUUUAUUUUAUCAACAACAUCCUUUAUUUUUAUUUUUUAUCAACAACAUCCUUUGAGAGUCGCUCGCCGCCGCCAUGUCAGUCUCCAGGGCACACCGAGGGGGCGGCGGCGGCCUCCCCGGGGCUCCCGACUCCCUUAGGAGCUCCUCCCGGCACGGCCUGGGCCCAGACGGCAGCUUGAAGCAGCCUUCGGGCUCGGACGGGUCAGAGCGUGAGAACGACGACCCGCUCCUGGGCUCCGCCAAGAAACUCAGGGGCAUCAAUAGCACUUACGUCAUUUCCGCCUGCAGGACCCCCGGAGGGGCGGCCCUCACUCCCAACCCUGCCGGCAGACUGACCCUGCAGAGGAGGGCCACAAGGCACAAGGACUCUUCGCUGCUGGGGAGUGAGGGGGGAGAGGCGUCCGCGAGAAAGACAGAAACGCCUCUUAGGUUACAGCGUCGCGUUCGAGCAGAUUCCGUGGGCAGGCGGGCAGCAGCUGGAGCAGAUCCCGUGGGCAGGCAGACAACAGCUGGAGCAGAUCCUGUGGGCAGGCAGGAAACAGCUGGAGCAGAUCCCUUGGGCAGGCAGGAAACAGCUGGAGCAGAUUUCGUGGGCAGUUGGACAUCAGCUAGAGCAGAUUCCGUGGGCAGGCAGACGACAGCUGGAGCAGAUCCCUUGGGCAGGCAGGAAACAGCUGGAGCAGAUCCCUUGGGCAGGCAGACGACAGCUGGAGCAGAUCCCUUGGGCAGGCCGGAAACAGCUGGAGCAGAUCCCUUGGGCAGGCAGACGACAGCUGGAGCAGAUCCGGUGGGCAUUCGGACAGCAGCUGGAGCGGAUUCAGCGACCCAGAGCGUGGGAGGGGCCGCAGCCAGCGAUGGAGCCUCCCGGGACGCCAGCAGGAGCGUCAGGAUUGCCGACAACAAGAAAAGCUCCCCGGCUGCGUCUUCGGCCUCCUCCGCCGGAGACAGCGACCCCGGACUGGGGGCCGGGGACGAAGACGGGGGAGCGUUUUCCGCCCUGGCGGGAGCGCGGGGCAGCGGGCACUUCACUCACAGCACGCCCAUCCGCCCCGGGGGAGAGGCCGAGGCGGCCCGGCCCGGCCCCUCGUCCGCGAGACCCGAGCGGGGCCCGUGGGACGACCGAGUGGGGGCAGGAAGCCUGCAUCCCCGGGGGCUCUGGAAAGAGGCUGAAAAACACACAGACAGGUCCGAAAGCCUAGGAGGAGGGACGCCCGGGCGACGGAUGGCGGAGCACACGCGGACCCCGCGCUGCGGCACGCCUCGUCCUCAGAGCGCGGUGCUGUCCGCCCUGAAACGCAGGACGCCCGGCGCCCAGGGCCAGCAGAACCCCAAACGCACCCUCUUCCCAAAUAAAGGGGAGGGGUGUCAGGAGCACACGCUCCCUCCCAGGGAGGAGGCCUGCACCCCCAGGGGCCCCCUGAAGGUGGAGAGCAGCCAGGUGACCGUGGCCGUCCGCGUGAGGCCCUUCAGCAAGAGGGAGCAGGAGGAGAGCGCGGCCCAGGUGGUCUUCCUGGACGGGGCGGACCUCGCCGUGCGGCACCCGGCCCUGCGGCAGGAGUUCCGCUUCCUCUACGACGCCGCCUUCUGGUCCUUCGACCGGAGCCACCCGCGCUACGCCGGCCAGGCCUCCGUGUACACCGCGCUGGCCGCCCCGCUGCUGGCCCGCGCCCUGGAGGGCUACAACGCCUGCCUCUUCGCCUACGGCCAGACGGGCUCCGGGAAGUCCUACACGAUGAUGGGGUUCGGGGAAGAGCCGGGCAUCAUCCCCAGGUUCUGCGAAGACCUUUUUGCUCAAGUGGCCAAACACCAGACCCAGGAGGUCAGGUACCACCUGGAGAUGAGCUUCUUUGAAGUUUACAACGAGAAGAUCCACGACCUGCUGGUGGGCAGAGGGGGCAGCAGGCAGAGGAAGCAGCCGCUGAGGGUCCGGGAGCACCCCGUCUCCGGGCCGUACGUCGAAGCUCUGGCCGUGAACGCGGUGGGCUCCUACGCGGACAUCCAGGGCUGGCUGCAGCUGGGGAGCAAGCAGCGGGCCACGGCGGCCACCGGCAUGAACGACAAGAGCUCCCGCUCGCACUCGGUGCUCACCCUGCUGAUGACCCGCACCCAGACGGAGCUGGUGGACGGGGAGCAGCACGACCACGCGGUGACCAGCCGCAUCAGCCUGGUGGACCUGGCGGGCAGUGAGCGCCAAGGGCCUGCGGGCACCAGCGGGCAGCUGCUGAGGGAAGGCGUGAGCAUCAACAAGUCCCUGCUGACCCUGGGCAAGGUCAUCUCGGCGCUGGCCGAGCACGGGGGCCGACGCAGAGCCUUCAUUCCGUACCGGGAGUCCGUCCUCACGUGGCUGCUGAAGGAGAGCCUGGGCGGCAACUCGAAGACAGCCAUGAUCGCCACGGUGAGCCCGGCGGGCAGCAGCCUGGAGGAGACGCUGAGCACCCUGCGCUACGCCCACCAGGCCCGCAGCAUCGUCAACGCAGCCCGCGUGAACGAGGACACGAGCGCCCAGCUCGUCCGCGAACUGAAAGCAGAAAUCGAGAAGCUGAGAGCUGCUCAGAGAAGCCGUCAGCACAUCGACCCCGAGCGGUACCGGCUCUGUCGGCAGGAAAUCGCGUCCUUACGGAUGAGGCUGCACGAGCAGGAGCGAGCCAUGGUGGCCAUGCAGAGAGCGUGGAAAGAAAAAUUUGAGCAGGCCGAAGAAAGAAAGCAUCACGAGAUCAAGGAGUUACAGCGAGCGGGAGUGACCUUCCAGGUGGACAGCCGCCUGCCCAACCUGGUGAACCUGAGUGAGGACCCGCAGCUGUCGGAGGCGCUGCUGUACGUGCUCCGGGAGGGCACCACCGCCGUGGGCCAGCGCGGCCCCGGCGCCGGCCCCGACAUCCAGCUGGCCGGCGCGCUGGUGGCCGACCGGCACUGCACCAUCAGCAACGUCGACGGCACCGUGACCAUCGCCCCCGUCGGGGAGGCCAGGACCUACGUGAACGGGAGGCGCGUGCUGGGGCCCACCGAGCUGCACCACGGCGACCGUGUGGUCCUCGGGGGCGACCAUUACUUCCGGUUCAACCACCCGGCGGAGGCCCACAGCGAGCAGAGUGCGCUCGGGGGAGGCGCCCCGGCCGGCGAGGGCCCCAAGGACUUCGAAUUCGCCAAGAACGAGUGGCUGGCGGCCCAGCGGUCGCAGCUGGAGGCGGAGGUCCGAGAGGCGCAGCUGCGGGCCAAGCAGGAGAUGCUGCAGGGCAUCCAGGUGGCCAAGGAGGUGGCGGAGCAGGAGCUGUGCUGUCAGCGGGCCGCCUUCGAGGGCCGGAUCGAGGCCCUGCAGGCCGAGCUGAAAGAGGAGUCCCAGCAGAAGCAGCUGCAGGAGGCGAGUACCCAGAAGGCCCAUCUGCGCAUCGAGGAGCUGGAGCGGGCCAAGCAGCGGCUGGAGCAGGAGGUGCAGGCCAACCGGCGGCGCCUGGAGCUGGAGCGGCUGGCGGCCCAGCAGGCGCUGGAAGACCACAGCGUGCGCCACACGCGGAUCCUGGAGGCGCUGGAGGCCGAGAAGCAGAAGAUCGCCCAGGAGGUGCAGGCGCUGCAGCGGGGCCAGGGCGGCCGGGACCGGGGCCCCUCGGUGGCGACGAGCUGGGGCUCCCUGAAGCUCUCGCUCAUGAUCCAGGAGGCCAACGCCCUCAGCGGCCGCGCGCAGAGGCAGUACGUGUUUGGCAGACACGAGGCGCCGGACGGAGGGGGCGGCCCCCGGGUCCGCGUGCGGGACCUGCGGCUCGGCGUGGCCACACUCUGGAGCCGGGAGAAGUUCGAGUCCAAGCUGGCCGCCCUGAAGGAGCUGGACGAGAGUGCCGGCAAGUGCGAGGAGGAGCUCUUCUGCGACCCCGAGGACCAGUGGGAGCCCGACCUCUCGGCCGCGCCCGCCGCCGCCCUCUCCCGGAGGAGGAGCCGGAGCCUGGUGAGGCAUCGCGGGGUCUCCGGCUACCUGCACGGCGCCCAGGCCCACACGGCCCCGUCAGGCUCCGGGGAGCCGCCUGGCGCCCUGGGCUCCGGCCCUGCGGGGCCCGCGCUCCCUGGGAUCUGCCGGGAGCUGGUGGGCGCGGCCCUGGCCGUGCUCGGGCGGAGCGGCGAGGAGGACACGGCGGCGGACGGCCUGCUGGACGGUCUCCGGCGGGUGCACGGGGGGCUGCUGGCGCUCGCCCGGGCCCACAACGCACAGGACGAGGACGGCCCCGGCGACUUGUUCUCCGCGGACCCCACGGCCCAGGCGCAGGCGGUGCAGGUGGCCUGCGCCUUCGGGCAGCUGGCGGCGCUGGCCCCGCUCUGGCCGGGGGACGCCGUGCCCGGGGCCCCCGCAGCCCGGCUGGGCGAGGAGCUGCGGCAGGAGGUGGAGAAGCUGGGCGGCUGCGUGCAGCUGUUCCUGCAGGGCUGCUCCUCGGACAUCCCGUCCAUGGUGGCCGACGCGCAGGAGAGGGCCGCCCGGGCCGUGCGACGGGCCGUGGCCUGUGCGGGGCAGCUGGCCGUGCUGAGCGGGAGCCGGCCGCGUCUCCUGGACCCCGGGCCCUGCGGGGGCGCCGGCCUGCAGGAGGACCUGGCGGACGCCCUGUGGGACGGAGUCGGCGCGGGGCUGCGGCUGCUCAUCGACUCCGGGCUGGAGCGGGCGGGGGCGCUGCGGAGUGAACUCGCUGGCCUGCGCCCCCCGAGCGAGGCGGCCCAGCAGCUGAGCGCCAAGGCCGAGGCGCUGGCCGGGGGCCUGGAGGCCGUCCUGGCCUCAUGGGGAGCGGUGAGCCCGGCCCGGCCUCGAGCGGGGGCCGCGGGCUCGGCCGCCGACGGGGAGGCCGCGGGCGCCGUGCUGUCGCCCAGCCAGAAGCCGCACGUCUGCGACCACUGCAGCGCGGCCUUCCGCAGCUCCUACCACCUGCGCCGCCACGUCCUCAUCCACACGGGCGAGCGGCCCUUCCAGUGCGGCCAGUGCCACAUGGGCUUCAUCCAGAAGUACCUGCUGCAGCGGCACGAGAAGAUCCACAGCCGCGAGAAGCCCUUCGGCUGCGACCAGUGCAGCAUGAAGUUCAUCCAGAAGUACCACAUGGAGCGGCACAAGCGCACGCACAGCGGCGAGAAGCCGUACAAGUGCGACAGCUGCCAGCAGUUCUUCUCCCGGACCGACCGGCUGCUCAAGCACCGGCGCACCUGCGGGGAGGCCGGGGCCAAGGGGGCCCCCGGAGGCGGCGGCGAGCCGGGCCCCGCGGCCCCCCCGGGCGCCGUGCCGGGCAGCCUGGCCGCGCUGUCUCAGGGAAGCGGCUCGUCCAGGAGGAAGUCCAAGGCCAAGAGCGCGGCCGCCGCCGAGAACAAGGAGCAUAAGGCGGGCAAGGCGGGCGAGCCGCCGCUGGCCAGCGGCCUGGGCAUGCAGACCUACUCGGUGGAGAUGCCCGCCCUGUCGCCGGGCGGCCUGGACGAGCUGCAGAGGAGGGUGCCAAAGCUCAUCUUCAAGAAGGGAGGCCGGAAGGCCGCCGACAAGACCUACCUGAACUUCGUGGCGCCGCUGCCCGAGCUGGUGGGGCCGAAGGCGCUGUCCGCGAAGCCGGGCGGCCUGGGCGGGGCCGGGGGCGCCGGCGCCGAGGCCCUGGGCGGCCUGCUCCCGGGCGGCGGCGGCAAGCAGGGCCCGCUGAGCAGCUACGACGACGCCAUGCAGUUCUCCAAGAAGCGGCGCUACCUGCCCUCCGCCGCCAGCAACAGUGCCUUCUCCGUCAGCGUGGGCCACAUGGCCGCCCAGCCCUCCGUCAUCCAGGCGGCCGGCGCCGGCGUGCUGGAGGGCGAGGCCCCGCUGGCGCUCAUGGACGCGGACAUCAAGGCCUGCCACGACAAGUCCGGCAUCCCCGACGAGGUGCUGCAGAGCAUCCUGGACCAGUACUCCGGCAAGGCCGAGAGCCAGAAGGAGGACCCCUUCGGCCUGGCCGAGCCCCGGGUGGACCUGCACGCCUCCGGGGAGCACGGCGAGCUGGCGCCCGAGGGCGGCCUGAGCCCGGGCGCCCAGGCCCCGCCCAGCGACAAGGCCCUGGUGCUGCAGGAGUACUCCAAAUACCUCCAGCAGGCCUUCGAGAAGUCCACCAACACCGGGUUCGCCCUCGGGCACGGGUUCCAGUUCGUCAGCCUGGCCUCGCCCCUCCACAACCACUCGCUGUUCCCCGAGAAACAGAUCUACACUACGCCCCCCCUGGAGUGUGGCUUCGGCCAGUCUGUUACCUCAGUGUUGCCGUCCUCGUUGCCAAAGCCUCCUUUUGGGAUGCUGUUCGGAUCCCAGCCGGGCCUGUACCUGUCCGCUCUGGACGCCACCCACCAGCAGCUGACCCCUUCCCAGGAGCUGGACGAUCUGAUCGACUCCCAGAAGAACCUCGAGACGUCCUCGGCCUUCCAGUCCUCAUCUCAGAAGCUGCCGAGCCAGAAGGAGCAGCAGAAGGCCCUGGAGCCCUCGGCCAGCUUCCCGCUGCCCUCUCCGGAGCUCGCCGGCCCGCUGGACGCCCAGAAGGACAUGGAGCCGCGGGCCACCUACCAGAUCGAGAACUUUGCACAGGCGUUCGGGUCUCAGUUCAAGCCGGGCGGCAGGGUGCCAAUGACCUUCGUCAGUAACUCCAACGGCGAGGCGGACCCCAGAGCCAGGACUGCGGUGUCCGAUUUCUCAGGGUACACAAACAUGAUGGCCGACGGGAGCGAGCCGUGCAGCACGCGCGUCAAGACUCCCACCAGCCAGAGCUACAGGUAAGCCCCCGGGCGGCGGCCGGGGGUCCCAGGAUGCGAUUUCUGUUUCGUUCCGAGAACACUGCCAUUGGAAUGUUUGUACACGAUCCUCUUAAGAAUGAUGUAAUGCCCUUUCAAUGCAACUUUUCAUAUUUAGUUUAUUUUGUUAGCGUGAUUUUAGCUCUGUUUCUAUUAUGAUUUUUAAUGGAAAUCGAUAGAUUAAAAAUAGUUUGACAUUCAAAAGUGACAAUGUCUUAGCAAUCAAAUUUACAUGUAUAGAGAUGGUCAGGGAAUAGCCCAAAAGUUUUAAAUGCAAAAAAGUACAAAAAAUAAAAAAACCAAAAAAAAAGGGAGAAAACAAAAAAAAAACGAUGUAAAAUACAGAACAAAAAAAAAAAAACUUUGUUGCUAGGAUUAAGGUUAUUCUAAUUGCUUUACUCUCAGGAAAGUGUAAUAACGCAUGGGAACUCUGUACGCUGUCGCUGUGAUGGAAUAUCCGGUUUACAGAUGGUAUUCGCUUCACCAUUCGAGUAAGGGAUCGGAAACAUUUCACGUGCUCUGUCUGGGCCGACAGGAUCUCCAUUUCCCCGUCUGAGGAAGGGGUGGAGAGAGAACAUUUCAGAUCGCGAUGCCGCCGUGUGCGCGCGGCCUCUCACUGUGCUCUGAGCUUCCACCACGUCCCCCCGCCGGCAGGACAGAGCCCCCGGGGCCUCUGGGCCCAGCCCGGAACCAUAGCUUUAAUGAAAGAAGUCACAACUUUUAAAAAGCACCCGCUCCCUGCCCACCUGUGCCGUCCACCGACAGGCAGCUGGCGCUGGCCCAGGGUCGGAGCCGAGCCGGGGUUCGGGGUUCGGACCCCGUUGGGGUGACUAGUUCUUUGGAAUUGGGGGUGUGUGGUGUCACACAUAGCCCGGAGACAUCUCCUCUGUGCAGGUCACCCGCACUUCUGGGUGUCUGUUUUUUUUUUCUUUUGUUUUUUUUUUCCUUCUAAACCUACCCUCUUUCUAAGGGUUGUGGCCCUCCUCGACCUGACAGUUUCAGUUUUAGAACGAGCUACAUUCCAAUGAGCAUUUCACUGGCCCGCGGCGUCCAAACACCAAACAGUAAUGAGAGAGACACCUGCCCCUCCCAGCUUGAACCACGGGAGAGAACCCACGCAGGUCUUUACGUAUCGGGACGCCCCACGUGCUUGGCGCCCGAGCGCCGGCCGCGGUGUGUAAUCCCAGCCGGUGCCGUAGCCAGCGGGAGGGCCGGCCCGCCUCCCAGUGACCUCAGAGCCCCUCGGCGGAGCCGCAGCCGAGCGCAGGGGCGCCCGUCAGUAUUGUGCGGGGUGGGGGGUCGUGGGGAGGGACCCCGACUCGCCGCCCACCCGCAUUGCCAUUUGCAGCUGCUGGUGACCGGCUCUGCCCCAAACCACUCUCAGCCAUUGUGUUUUUUUCCUGGUGACGUUUUCACCUGCCCCGGGUGUUGCUGCGGUGAGUCCUGUGUACUCUCGUGGUGGUUCAGGCUCCCGCCCCGCUGGCGUCAGGAAAGCACCACUCACCUUUGUUUGUUUGCCCCUCGUUGUGCAACCCGCCUGCCCCGGCUUCCAUGGACGAUGCAGUCAUUAACUUCGUGCGAGCGCACGACGCUUCUGUUACGAAAGCAGUGUUUGGGAAACGAGGGGUCAUUAAGAUGGUUACAGAAUACUAGUUUAUUCCCCCCCUUCCUCCUUUCCCCCCUUAAGCGUGCUUCUGCCAGCUGAGGGUCACCUCCGAGCCACUGCAGGAUUCUUAGAAGAAGAAAACGUGUUUAACCCUCUUACACCCACUUGGUUCUAAAGUCUGUAUUUCUCAUUUGGGGGACGGGGUCCAGGUCUGUGGGGGCGGAGAGGGCCUUCCCGCCGGAUCCCCGAUGUGCGGUCCCCGCGUUUGUUUUAUACAGGUUUUGGAUUUCUCUAACUUUUAUUGUGUGUACUGAAACUGCAUAUGUAUUAUUCUGAUUGUUUGCUCUAGUUUACUACCAAUAAAAGACCCGUUAAUCACAAAA